AUGGUGGCAAUCUCUGAGACUGUGAAGAAGAAUGUGGAAAAGAUCCUUGGGAGUGGUGAACCACUUCUUGUCACAGUGCAAAAGCUGACUUCCUUCCUUUUGGAAAGUGGCUUAGCAUACAAGGCCUUGAUCAAACCUGGGGAAGUCUUGGUGCAUCCUCAGAACAGAUCAGGAUCAAUGCUGAGUGCUGUGGAUUGCUGGGCCAAAGGAAUGAGGAUGUGGAAGGUGGGAGUGAGAAAAGAGCUGCUGACUGAAAGCUUUGCUUUUGAGUUAGCUUUGUGCCCUCAAGCCAGAAAUGAGCAACUUGCUGCCAACAGAGCAUUGGUUGCAAGCACUCCACAGCUUCUAGCUCCUUUGACUGGCAAGGAAAGGUUCUUGUCGGUUUCCAGCUCACACACCACUGCGUGGCUCAAGGCAGUGGAAGCUGGCUGCCAAGCACCUGGUGAUGACCAUGUCCUUCAGUUGAGGCAAGGAGAGGAAAGAAGUGAUGCCAUCAUUGAUUUGCUGAACCAAGGGUGGACUUGGAUUGUGUUCUCUGCUGCUGUAGAAGCAGAAUGGAAACAAUUGCCAUCAUGGCUGCAGCUUGCCCUAAACUCCACCAACUCGAAUGCCAAGCAGCUUUCUGAGGUGGAAUGUGCAGCACAACUGGCACAGGGCUUGCAGCAAGGGCAAUCCUUGAAGCUUGCUUUGGAAGUUGUGAAAGCUUGUGACCCUGCCUGCAAAUCCAGCUUGGAUUGCAUUGCAAUGUAUGUCAGCAAGUUUGCUGGUGGCAAGGAUGCUCCAAUCAUUACCUUCCUUUCCAAGUUUGGCAAGUCUUAUGGCACUCUGAUGGUUGGUGAAGAGAUGAUGAGAGCCAUCAGCUCCUUUGAGAUGAAGAACUCUGACAACUUGCUGCCUUUCUUGAGAGCCAGCAUGUGGGCAACAAUGAUGAGUGCACAAAGGUCAGUGGAUGGAAUUUCUAGAAUCCUGUCCAAGAGUGACACUGAGAGAGUGAAGGCUCCUUCGAUCAGGGCUCUGGUGCUUGAAGCAGAGCAGCUGCUGGCUGAUUCUUGGACUUUGUACAUGUCCUCUACAGCUGGUGAGAGUCAGAAAGUGGGUGCCUAUGGCAGGCUGUGUGUCAGGGUCUGCUUACAUGUUGUGGGCAAAGAGAAAGUUGGAAGAGAACCUUCAGGCUUCAAGGACUUGAAAGAGAUUGGUGAGAAGUUUGCUGAGGAACUUCAGAAUCCUUCACCUGUCCAAGCAGCAGCAGCUUCUUCAAGUUCGAAUUUGCCUGUGAUCAAUGUUUUCACUGCCAGCCCAGCUGAAUUGGCACUCUUGCAGAACCAGCACAUCAAAGUCAAUGAAUUGUAUGUGAAUGCAAGCCAGCAUGGGCAGAAGAUCUUCACCUACAUGUCUGCAACAGACACUUCCUGCAUCAUGGUGCACAAGCCCUUGUUCAGUGGAGAAGAGAGAGUGCAUGUGCCUUUCACUGAGCUGAAGCAAUGGAAGCUGACCAAAUCUCACCCUCCAGAGAAAUGUGAGCCUGAGAAGAAGAAGCUGCACAUGCCAAGCUUGAGUGCUGUGGUGCAAGCAGAGCUGCAGAAAACUCAAGUGCAGCAUGCUUUGCUCAAAGCAUGCAUGGAUCAUGCCAUCAAUGAAGGGGAUGUGGCUUUCUCCAACCAUCCAAAUCACAUUUGGUCUUUGAAAAAAAUCAAAAAAGGUUCUUUGAAGUUGGUUCCUUGUGGAACUGUGGCAAAACUCAAGGGUGCCCCCAGCAAGGACAAAGUGUAUAUCAAGGCAUGUGGACACCAAUGGCAAAUUCAACCCUUCAAAGCGCUUUCUGAUUUCACCAAGACUGAAGGUGUGCUGGCUCCUUUCUGGUGGGUCAAAGUGGCUGGGCCCCUUGAGGAGCACAACAUGGGCCAUGCAGAGAUCACAGUGGAUGGUUGCAAGAUCCCUGUCUUGACCAACAUUCGCCCUGUGGGAACCAAUGAGAAGUUGAUGGUGGAGAAUCCUUUGAAAGAUGUGCAAGCGAAAAAAAAGCCAAAACUGAGUCUUGAAGUUGUAGCACAGCAAGUUUGCAGCCAAUGUAAGUUAGCCUGCAAAAGAGCAGCUGUGGCAAGGUGUGAAACUCCUUGCUUGGUAAUCCUUCCAUGCCAUGUUGGCAGGCCACAAACAAGUGCUGGCAAGACACAAAAAGAUGUGGUAUUUUCUUUUCAAGCCUUUGCAUGGCUAAGCUUGCAAGCCUUCAUGGCUGAGCUCUGUGCUUUGUUACUCUUAGCCUUUAUGGCUUUGCUUUGUGCAUUGCAAGCUUCCAUAGCUCCCAGGAUGUGCUUUGCAAGCCAGCAUGGCUAG